GUCUAACGAAGCACAGUGUCCCAGACGCGGCUGCACUUUUCAAACCUCAACUGUAAGAAGCGCCGGUCAGCGUCUGUGCGGUCGCCGCCGGGAGUCGCCUCACAGGGGCCUGGCUGACGGCGACCAGCGGUUGUGGGGAAGCGUGCGAGGUAAAAGUCAGUGCCUAGAGAAGCGGGUCUGGCAGUCAUCAGCAUGUCUCGGAGGAGGUUUGAUUGCCGAAGCGUCACUGGCUUGUUAACCACAACCCCUCAAACGCCGAUGAAAACAGAGAAUUUUAAUAAUUUCUAUACGCUUACCCCGAAAGAACUUGGGAGAGGAAAAUUUGCUGUGGUUAGACAAUGUAUAUCAAGAUCAACUGGACAGGAGUAUGCUGCCAAAUUCCUGAAAAAGAGAAGAAGAGGGCAGGAUUGCCGGGCGGAGAUUCUGCAUGAGAUAGCUGUGCUGGAGCUGGCCAGGUCUUGUCCCCAUGUGAUCAAUCUGCACGAGGUCUAUGAAAAUGCAACCGAAAUCAUUUUGGUGUUAGAAUAUGCUGCAGGUGGAGAAAUUUUCAACCUGUGUUUACCUGAGUUGGCCGAAAUGGUAUCUGAAAAUGACGUUAUCAGACUCAUUAAACAAAUCCUUGAAGGAGUUCAUUAUCUACAUCAGAAUAACAUUGUUCACCUUGAUUUAAAGCCACAGAAUAUACUUUUGAGCAGUAUAUACCCACUUGGGGACAUAAAAAUUGUAGAUUUUGGAAUGUCUCGAAAAAUUGGAAAUGCAUGUGAGCUUCGGGAAAUCAUGGGAACACCUGAAUACUUAGCUCCAGAAAUCCUCAACUAUGAUCCUAUUACCACAGCAACAGAUAUGUGGAAUAUUGGCAUAAUAGCAUAUAUGUUGUUAACUCAUACGUCACCAUUUGUAGGAGAAGAUAAUCAGGAAACAUACCUGAAUAUCUCUCAAGUGAAUGUAGAUUAUUCAGAAGAAAUGUUUUCAUCAGUUUCACAACUGGCCACAGACUUCAUCCAGAGCCUCCUAGUAAAGAAUCCAGAGAAAAGACCAACAGCAGAGUCCUGCCUUUCCCAUUCAUGGCUGCAGCAGUGGGACUUUGGAAGCUUGUUUCAUCCUGAGGAAACUUCAGGUUCCUCUCAAAUUCAGGAUCUGACCCUCAGGUCCUCAGAGGAUAAGACCCCCAAGUCCUCCUGUAAUGGAAGCUGUGGAGACCGGGAGGACAAGGAGAACAUCCCUGAGGAUGGCAGCUUAGUUUCUAAAAGAUUUCGAUUCGACGACUCCUUGCCCAGCCCCCACGAACUCGUUCCAGAUUUGUUCUGUUAGCAUUUUUCUCUGUGACUCAUCUGGACUGACUUGGAGAUUUGAAAUCUUCUCUGGUGUGAGAUUGUGUUUGUAGCUUCAUAUAUAAUAUGUUUAUAUUAUAAAUGCACUUUUGCUUAGAAGAACUUAAGGAACAGUUUAAAUGCUAGGCUUCUAUUAGCUAGCAUAUCAUUCCCUGUCUUGAAAUUGUUUUACAGAGAAAAAUAUUUAAAUAUAUGACAAAAAUUAUAAAUUGUACAUAUGAGUACACAUGCAACUGAAAGAAUUGAAAUUCAGCCGAACUUAUAAAAUGGGUUCUAUUAUGGUUAGUAAAGAUUGAACAGAAUGGAAACAGGAAUUUAGUAGGUGCUCUCUAAGGUGAGCCCUAUACCAUAACUCUAUUAACAGAGAAUUUGUUUGGGGAAAUGCUGUCAAGAGUAAACCACAAUAUGUACUGCUUUAUAACUACUCCAGAGACAGUUUAUAAUGGAAAAUGUUUCCUAGUUACCAAUAGCUUGAAACUGUACGAUUUUCUUUAUGUGCCAUGCACUCUGUAAGAGGGCACAGUCAACCAGCGCAGGAAGGGAGUCAGACCGAUCCAGGCUGUUUCUCUGCAAACUAAGUCGAAGCUUGACAUCAUUUCCAACUCAUGUAUUUUGUACAUGCAUCACAUAUCAGAUCUAGUAAGAUCUGGAGGAUGGAUAUACAUGGUAUGCAAAUAAAAGAGGCCUUCAUCCUCUAGAAUUAUUAGAGUAGAAGAGAAUUGGAUAGUACCGAAUGUGUUCUAAUUUCAGUCAGACAUAUUCAUAAAGGGAAAUGUUAAGUUCAGGCAGCUGACUUAGUGCUGGGUGCCUCCUAAGCCUCAGGAUACAAGCCCAUCGUUUAGAGCAUAGGUACUUCAGGAGUUCUUGUGUGAAAUUCUAGUGUGCGAGGAGGCGUGACAUGCAGCUAUCUUUAGACUCCCUGUGUAUGUGUUCUGGUGGGCACAACACAUGAGAGUGUCCAGUGUUGUCCAUGGUCAAUAUCUAUGUUCAGUCCUGAUGGGAGGGGCCUAGGGACUGCUUUGGAGAUUUCCCACUGGUGUCCAUUUUAAGGUCUCUUAACAUCAUGUUAAGAUAACAUCUCAUAAAUAUGCUACUCUAUCAGAUUCCAUUGCCAAAACAAAUUAAAAGCCUGUGUAUUGAAGUGGGUGUUAGUCUAACAACCUGUAAAUUCUUGAAAUUGUUAAUAAAAUUCCAAAUUCUUUAGAUAACUUUAAGCUAUGUAAAUUGAGCAUCGGUGUCUUUGUUUGACUAAACGUUGAGUUUCUUUUACAUCUUUGUUAUUUUUAAAGGAAAAGUUGUUUGCCUUUUGUAUAUGUGUGUGCAUAUGUGUAUGUGUACAGGUAUAUGUAUAUAUGUAUAGAUAGAUAAAAUAUAGCCUUUAAACAGUUUCAUAUUAGAUAUUGUUUCCUUGUGUUUUAUGCUCAACUCAGGUGCCAAAGGAGCCCUCUUAUCUGAAUAAUAAGUAUGCACAUACAUUCUUUAAGAAGUAGUCUGUUGGUCCAAGAAGCCAAACACUGAAGAUGCUAAAUUUAACUCUUGUGUUUCUGAAAUUGAGAAGCUGUUGGUAAAUUAUUGAUUGCUUUUCUACUUUCCAUCAGUGUUAAUUCAGGUAAAGUCAUUAGUCAGUCAUUAGGAAAUGUUACUUUCCCAAAUGGUGAUAUUUUAUUAUAAAACUUCUAAAAAGUAUUAUGCCAGAUGCCAAAAGUAAUAAGCAUUUGAAAAUUUAAUUUUAAGUCACUUGUGUAAAACCACGUUUUAUUGUCUAUAUUUUUUUCUGAGGAAUCCUGAGAUAGUUUGUGUGUUUCCCAUAGUUAAUGGGCUACUAAGUUGUAAGUUCUCAUACCUUUCCUGGAACAUUGUUUAUUGUAAAACAGUAGCUAGUGAUUGCACACAGUAAAAAACAGUUUUUCCAUAAAAGCAAAUUUACAAAUUUGCCAUGUUGAAGUGUGGAAAUAAAUGUCUUUUGAGAGAAUUAA